UUGUUGUCGGGAGGAAAUGACCCCGCAGCGGUGACGAGCCGCAGCGAACACGAGAAACAGGGUCGCGAGCGCACUUCGAACAACAUGGAGGCGUCCCGGCUCGGUGCUUAGCUCCUGUGAUGGUUUUCCGGUGAACUGGUGCGAGCACGACGCGGUGUGGUACUGUGACCCUCCCUCUCCCCCAUCAUGCUGAGUUUCCUGCGCAGGACGCUGGGGCGACGCUCCAUCCGGAAGCAUGCAGAGAAAGCCCGGUUAAGGGAGGCUCAGCGAGCCAUCACACACAUCCCUGCUGCAGGGGACGCAAAGUCCAUCAUCACCUGCCGUGUGUCCUUACUGGACGGGACGGACGUCAGUGUCGAGCUGCCGAAAAAAGCCAAAGGUGAGGAGCUGUUUGACCAGAUCAUGUAUCAUCUGGACAUCGUAGAGAAGGACUACUUCGGACUGCGCUUCAUGGACUCCGCACAAGUGCCGCAUUGGCUCGAUGUAACGAAAAGUAUCAAAAAGCAAGUGAAAAUCGGUCCACCAUACUGCCUUCACUUGAGAGUGAAGUUUUACUCCUCAGAACCCAACAACCUGCACGAGGAGCUCACCAGAUACCUAUUUGUGUUACAAUUAAAGCAAGACAUCCUCAGUGGCAAGCUCGAAUGCUCCUUUGAAACAGCGGUGGAGUUGGCUUCCUUCUCGUUACAGGCUGAGCUAGGUGACUGUGACCCAUUAGAACACAAUGCUGACCUGGUGACAGAAUUUCGCUUCGUCCCCGACCAAACAGAGGACGUGGAGCUGGCUAUAUUUAACGCAUGGAAAGAGUGCAGAGGUCAGACUCCGGCCCAGGCUGAGAUCAACUACCUGAACAAAGCAAAGUGGCUUGAAAUGUAUGGAGUGGACAUGCACAUGGUCCAGGCGAGAGACGGUAAUGAGUACAGUCUGGGUCUGACACCCACUGGAGUUCUGGUGUUUGAAGGAGAAACAAAGAUCGGCCUCUUCUUCUGGCCCAAAAUCACCCGACUAGAUUUCAAGAAGAGCAAAUUGACCCUUGUGGUCGUGGAGGAUGACGAACAGGGUAAAGAGCAGGAGCACACCUUUGUCUUCAGGAUGGACCAUCCCAAGGCCUGCAAGCACCUGUGGAAGUGCGCCGUGGAGCACCAUGCUUUCUUCAGGCUCAGAGGGCCAGUGCAGAAGAACUCUGCGAGCUCCGGCUUCAUACGCAUGGGAUCACGCUUCAGAUACAGUGGAAAAACCGAGUAUCAGACGACCAAGGGCAACAAAGCGAGGCGGUCAGCCUCCUUUGAGAGGCGGCCUAGUCGACGUUACUCAAGGAGAACCAUGCAGCUCAGAGGUCACGGAGGUCAGGACAACCCUCGUAGACCAUUCAACACACAGGAAGCUCUUUCCUCAGGCAAUGGAGUCAGCUCCAGCAAAGAGAACAAGGCUCCUACCAGAAGUGCUUGGUCGAGUGUGCCUGUGGUCACCCCAGUGGCUGCUUCUGUCUGUGGACCAAUGGAGAUCGAGUCCCUGCCCAGGAGUCCUGGAGUGGAGAAAAGGAGUGGGCCCGUGGCUGCUGACCUGAUGGAGACCUGCGUUGAUGAUGUCCUCGCGGCUCCCGUUGUUCCACCGGUGACGACCACAGAGGAGGCGGGACCGAGCAAUGCCUACGCUGCUGCCGCCAGCGUCGCAGCAGAGGAUCCACUCAGCCUCGCUGAAGCAGCAGCUCGUCUGAAGCAGCUGGAGUUGGAGAGCAGUCCAGUUCUUGCUCCGCUGAAAAACGUCAAUGUCAAUUUGGCCAUGAACAACCAGGAGGACGUGGUGAAGCUCUCAGAGAAGUGUGGCCUGAACAGCGCUGGCAGUAGUCCUGUUGUUACUCCACUGCGCCUCCCGGAGGAUCUGAAGAGUAACAUCCUAAAAGCACAAGCUGAGGCUGCGGCCCUGAAGGGGGCUGUGGAGGAACACGGUGCAAUGGUUGGAGAUAAAAACUGUAACUUGCAGGAAGCUUCUGCCAGGUUGAAUGUGGGCACAGGGCGACUGGGCAGUAACUCGUCUCUCUCCGUCAGCAGCCGCCCUGACACCCAGGACUCGUGGGACCUGCUGAAGACAGCUCCACUGGUCUCGUCAGCAGGAGCCAGUGUCGAGAGGUUAGCUGAAGAUUUAAUCCCCUCCGUUCCCAAGAACCCGUCAGAGUCUGCCGGCGAAGGCUCAGCUCCAAAGGUUACAGCAGAUGAAGUAGACCUGCCCAGCGCUGCGCCGCUAUCUGACAACCUGAUCGACUUCACCGACCCGACUCCUGCACUCCCCCCAGUGCAGCAGCCAAAACCAGUCAUCACACCUCGCUGGAUUAUUCCAACAACUGCUCAUCCCGGCGUCUUUACUAACGGCCUGCUCGACCUUGACCCCCAUGCUAAGGUCACCCCUCUUCUCCCUGCAGACGGGGGAGCGGCUCUCACCCCAGCCCUCCCCCACCUCGCUCACAAACGUAACAUCAACUCUGCCAGCAUUGGGGGUCAACCGCCAGCCUCGGACGAUGCGGCAAAACCCAGAGGUCUCCUGACCACUGAGCUCUGAUGAGGAAACGAGGAGAAGACCUUCAUCUUCCUGACUGCUCCCCCGUCUCAUCCCAUCACCCCCCCCCCCACACACACACACACACACAGGACAGCUGGAGUGGCUGAACACUGUGGGCUGAGAGGACUACAGGAAGGAGGAGGCAGCUGACAGGCACCACAGUGUCCAGAACCCACACUGACACAACAUUUAGUUUAGUAAACCGAUUAACACAACAUUUAGCAGUUUAAAUCCCAUCACCCUGGAAGGUACAUUGUAUAACAGCACCAGCCACUGGCUUGUUUCAUGGAGGGUAGGUUGCCUCUUCUAGUGCUGCUCCUCCAUCCCUCCUCUCUCUUGUUUUAAACCACUGGACCCCCGCUCUGAGCUCUGAGCUCUGAGCUGCUGCGUUACACUGGAUCCAGGACAGAAAAUACACGUCUCUUAAAAAAAAAAAAAAAUGUUGAUUCUAAGAGAUGAAGCAGCACCUGGGCUGUUCACAUGAUGAAACACGUGGAUAUGAUGCUGUAAUGAACUUGUAGCACACUACAAUAUUAUUUUUUUCCCUUUUUGAAACCCAGACAAUUCUACAUGUGAAAUUUUCCACUGGAUAUAAAAAUUGCGGCAACACUGGACCUUGAGAGAAUUCUUGGACGAUGAUGAUGAUGAUGAACUUUCUUUUUUCUUUUUUUUUUACCCUGCUCUUAAACGUGUCUAUUUUUACUGUUUUUAUGUGACAUCUGCACAUGUUGGUUCCAGCGUUACGAGGGAACCAACUUCUCAAACUCCCCUCAUGGGUUUUUAAUAUGAAGUUUCAACAUUUUGUCCUAUCAUUUAGUUUUCCUCUUCAAGACACUUUCGCUCAUGACUGGAUUUUGUAUUCCUCCCCACAUUAGUUUUAAAUGUAAAUGCAACAUGUCCUUUGCUGGAUUACAUCAUGGACAGUGUGUCCAAUGUGUGAGUCAUCUUAUGUUAAUAACUGAGUCUACUAGACAGUAUCUCCAUCCUUUUAUAGAUGGUGACUGCCAGUAUUAACAUGCUGUAGCUAUUACCCUGCCUUAUGUAAAUGAGCGUAUUUCAAAAUGUGUCAUCUUAUCAAUGCUGGAGAUGCCAUAGAACAAAUCUAUCACUUUCUGUUGCUGAUACGUGGAGAACCUGGAGGAGAACUUUUGUACAUGUGGGUAAUUGAGGCCUAACUCUACACGUUGUUAAUGACGUCUGUCACACUGACUCCUAAAUGGUAGCGUUGUAGCAUUUCUAAGAAAUCGACCACAUGGGCCACGUGAGUGUGGAGCCUCGUUCAAGUUGUGUGUAGUUUUUGUUAGUGCGAUGUUACGUCUCCAUCAAGGGAAGCCGACUCUCUGACACUGUCUUCUUAGCCAUGACAGUUUAUUUAUGCUACUAUCUCCGUGUCAUUGUUUCAAAUAUUACGUGUUGUCCACAAGUAUUGUAGCGCUCAGUUGCAAAAUGUAUCGUCGGUGUAAUGGCGCCACCUGGCUGUAGAUAUGAAGUAGACCUAUAUAUAUUAUUUUUUCUGAAAAUGACGUUGGCAGUAUUGUUACUACGUGUUAAGAAGAAUUUCAGUAUCGAGGUGUUUUCUAAUUACAAAAGAAGUAGAAACUGUGUUACUGAUCAAACUGAAUCGGGGGGGGGCACACAGUGUGACAUCUCAAAUGCAUUUUUAUAUAAACUUUUAUUGUAUAUUUUUUUUUCUUGGAAUACCUUCAUCAUCUUUCAGUAAAGCUUUGCUACAGUAGGA